ACCCACGUAUAAUGCAUGCAUCAUUGGACACACCGUAAACACAAACAAUUAAGUUAUUCCACAAAGUCGGAGGCUCGCAAUACAAACAGUAAGCAUGGACCCGUGUGUAAACAUUGUCCUGCUGAGUUCCUACCUGGACUUGUACUGUCUCAACACAAACGACCUGAAUGUUCCCGGAUUCGACAUCGACCAUCAAUGCAGGGUAAUCUACGAAGCUUUCAUAUGCGCGGCUGACUUUAUCAAGUAUGAAUAUAUGGAGGACUGUUACGAGAGGAUAGACAACUCGAUCGAGCUCUUUCGGGAAGACUUCAGACAAGGACCACAUAGCAUCGAUAUUAACCUUUGUGACUUCUCAGAUAUAGCUGAGAGCGGGGAUGGGAACGAUGAAGAGUAUUUCUCCUCAACGCCUCCGAACAAUAGUACAAACGGCUCAACGGCACCUACAUAUCCGCCAAGUACGAGAAGGCCACUCACGACCAGGAAACCAACAACUGCAACUACCAAAAUUUCACGCACGACCAGGAAACCAACAACUACAACUACUGAAAAACCUAGCACGACCAGGAAACCAACAACUGCAACUACUAAAAAACCUAGCACGACCAGGAAACCAACAACUACAACUACUAAAAAACCUAGCACGACCAGGAAACCAUCAACUGCAUCUACCAAAAUUUCACGCACGACCAGAAAACCAACAACUGCAACUACCAAAACUCCACGCACGACCAGGAAACCAACACCUGCAACUACUGAAAGAGUAACAAAGAAUAGCUCCACAUCAACACCCCAUCCACAAGUUAGUGUCACCCCGACACAAUCUCCGUCUUCCACAACUUCUGUGAAUGAUGACGUCACUACAGUCCAGCCUACGAUUGGCGGACUUGGUGUUGGGCCCGGAGUGAUUGUGGGGUGUACAGCCGGGGGCGUCCUUCUUACCCUGCUCACCAUUGGAUACUUCGUCUAUCUGUACAUCAGACGACGAAAUGAAAAUGACGGAAACCAGGCACCACUUCCGGCACCGGAAAUAGUUCGAUCGAUUUCUCAGCCUGGUCCCCAUGGUUACAACAAAGAUAACGGUGGCGAUUAUUCUGUGUAUCCUCCUCUUACCAAAGUCAAAAUGUCAAAACAGGACAUUAACGCAAGCGAAAGUCACAGGAUCUCUAUGUCUUCAAACAAUCGUUCUUCCGGUUUCUCAUCUUCAUCUAGUUCAUACGUGGAUACUGCAAAUAAACGAGGUAGUCCCUUCUUUAUUAACGGACAGCGCGACCAAGAUGAUUCAUUAAGGAUGGACAGACAAGCCUCAUUGGAUUCGAACUACGCUUUGAUCACAGACGAGCGUUUACCUCAAGGAAAGUUGAUGUCGUUGAACAGUCAUCCACACUCUUCUUCCGUCUAUGUAAACGUGUCAGCGAUAAAUAAUGGAAACGAUUUACAAAGUCGGCAGAAUACGAUGAAAUCAUUAGAUGUUGACGGGAUGAGCAUCGCCAGUGGACAAUACGACCAAUUGACGUAUAAUGAAAGUGAGGAGCCAGCGGAUGUCCGACUCGGAUACAAUCCUAGCGGGGGUAUGAUGGACAACGUUUACGAGGAGAUACGGGGUUAUGUCUGCAACGGCAACGUUAACUCCCGCUAUAUCACCCAGUCCGAGGAUUCUAUAGACCCAGAGUCCAGGUCAAGUGGUGAUUAUUUCACUCAACUGAACACAUCGCCUCAAUACGUCAACGGACAAAGUGAGGAACACGAAUACACGGGGCUCAGUAAUGCAGCGUAUCAGUCGGAAAAUGACGAUCACGUGACCUCGCGAAAAUACUGACAAUGAAAGGUAUUAAUAAUAAUGUUCACACCACGAGGCAAAAACAAGCAUCUGCAAAGAGAAAAACAUGAAAACCCCGACAACGACAGCGACGAUCAAGCGCAGCAAGGACAGUGCUGGCUAAAUGCAAAUCAUACACUGAUAACCAAGCGCAGUAAGGACACCGAUGACCUAGCGUGACAAGUAUGCUGAUAAACAUUUGCAAGCGCAGCAAGGACACUGAUAACCGAGCGCAGCAAGGACACCGUUGACCAAGCGCAGCAACAACAGCGAUAACCAAGCGUAACAAGCACACUGAUAAGCAUUUGCAAGCGCAGCAAGACCACUGAUAACCGAGCGCAGCAAGGACACUGAUAGCCAAUCACAAGAAGGACAACGAAAACCUAAUGCAACACGGGCAUCAAUACUAAAUGCAACAAGGGCGCUAAUAGCUUAAAUUGUAUCAUUAUGAAAUCCAGAUUUAUUAAAAAAAAAUGUAAAUAUUGAUUUGUAUCUGAAUCGAUUUAUACCAAUAUUUGACGUUUAAUUGUAUUUACGUGUAUAAGGCGUGGCUAUUAUUGGUGUAGUAAAACAUUUCUGUUGAUGUAUUGACGUUUGUAAUGUUUACAUUUCCGUUGUACAACCUUAGGAAAUCUUAUCAACAAUCUUAUGUAUGUCGUGAAUAACAAUUGACAGCAAGAACGUUUUCACGUGAAUAAAUGAAAGUUUGUUUUUACAACUUUAAUU